ACAUCUUCCGUCGAUCACCAAUCAAAUCCAGGUGCUCUGCUCAUACACCAAAGGCGGUCCAUCCAGGCAGCCGCCGCUAAGCUUUGACUGCAGCAAGAAUGGCAAUGUUUGCCGUUCUGCUGCUGCUGGCAGCGCCGCUGCUUCCACCCGCAGCAGCGCAGCAGCCGCCGGGGUGCCGGCGGCAGUGCGGCAACGUGACCGUCCCCUACCCCUUCGGAAUCGGAGCGCGCUGCCACCGUGCCGAGGACCGUGGAUUCCGGCUCGAGUGCGACGACACGCGCCACCCACCGCGGCUGACCGUGGCCGGCUAUGGCCACGAGGUGGUCGCCAUCUCGCUCGCCUCUGCCGAGGCGACCGUGCUGCUCAACGCCAGCCGCGCCUGCUACGACCGCACCUCCGGCUCCGGCCGCGUGCUUGGCCGGCGGGAGUACCCCAUGGCCCUCAACGGCAGCGCCUUCCUCUUCUCGUCCAUGAAGAGCAAGUUCGUGGCCAUCGGCUGCCCGGACCUGGCCUACUUCGUGGACGACGGAGGGUACUACGUGACCGGGUGCAUGUCGGUGUGCCGGCCGUCGGAGCGCGCGCUGCCCGGGUCGUGCCGGGGCGGCGACGGCUGCUGCCAGAGCAACAUCCCGCUGGGGCUGGCCUCCUACCGCCCGCACGUCCGCAGCUUCGGCCGGCGCCAGCAGCAGCAGGGAGGGACGUUCCUGGCCAACUCCACGGGCUGCGCCUACGCGUUCAUGGUGGACGCCUGGUGGUUCUGGUACGCCGGCUCGCACUUCAACAGGACGGGCGACUUCGCCGUGCCCGUCGUGCUGGACUGGGCCAUCAGAGGCGCCGGCGCCGGAGGUUCCUGCGCCACCGUGCGGGAGAACGCGACCGCCUACGCGUGCCGGAGCGCGCACAGCGUGUGCCUGGACUCGAGCAACGGUCCGGGGUACGUCUGCAACUGCACCAGCGGCUACGAGGGGAACCCCUAUGUCCUCGGCGGCUGCAACGAUGUGGACGAAUGCGCGGAACAUGAUUUGUACCCGUGCUACGGUGUGUGUACCAACACGCCAGGCAGCUACCUCUGCACAUGCCCCAAGGGAUGGAGUGGAAACGCUACCGUGCAGGAUGGUUGCCACCAACAAGACAAAUUCACAUUAGCGCUGAAGGCCGUCACAGGUGUAAGCAUAGGAGUGUUCAUGGUGAUCCUGGCGUGCUUCUGGGCACACCUGAGUCUUCAGAAGAGGAGGAUGCUCAGAGCGAAGCAGAGGUUCUUCGAGCAGAACGGUGGGCUCCUCCUGCAGCAGCACCUGGGUUCACUGGCCAGCUCCGGCGUCGCAUUCAAGAUCUUUUCCGAGGAGGAAAUCAAGAAGGCCACCGGCAACUUCGACGAGGCGCAGGUCCUCGGCCGAGGAGGCAACGGCGUGGUCUACAGGGGCGUCCUCCCCGGCGCCGGCGGCUCCACCACCGUUGCCAUCAAGAAGUCCAGGGUGGCCGAUGAGAAGCAGCUCAAGGAGUUCUCCAAGGAGAUGCUGAUCCUCUCGCAGAUCAACCACAGGAACGUCGUGAAGCUGCUCGGAUGCUGCCUCGAGGUCGAGGUGCCCAUGCUCGUCUACGAGUACGUCCCCAACGGCAGCCUCCACCGCUACAUCCACGGCGACGGCAAGGGCCAGGCGCCCAUGCCGCCGGGGGAGCGCCUGCGCGUCGCCGUUGAGUCGGCGCACGCGCUCGCGUACAUGCACUCGUCCGCCUCGCCCCCGAUCCUGCACGGCGACGUCAAGUCCGCAAACAUCCUGCUCGACGGCGAGCUCACCGCCAAGGUCUCCGACUUCGGCGCGUCAAGGCUGGCGCCCGUCGAUGAGGCCCAGGUGGCCACGCUUGUCCAGGGAACCUGCGGGUACCUCGACCCGGAGUAUCUGCUCACGUGCCAGCUCACCUGCAAGAGCGACGUGUACAGCUUCGCGGUGGUGCUGCUGGAGCUCCUCACCGGGAGGAAGGCGUUCUGCCCGGACGGCCCCGAGGAGGAUGACACCAGCCUCGCAUUCUCCUUCGUCACGGCUGUGCAGGGGGGACGACACCGGGAGAUCAUGGACGGAAGUGUCAGGGAGAAGCUCGGGGACGAGGUGAUAGACGACGCCGCGGAGCUGGUUAUACGGUGCCUGAGCUUGACCGGUGAGGAGAGGCCGACAAUGAUGGAGGUUGCCGACAAGAUCGAGAGAUUGAGAAGCUGCGCAUGCAGAAAUGCAACCGUAUAGAAAAAAUAUUAGUGGGCAAAUGUUUAACUAUUUUCUAAAUAUUUUUUUGCGAGUAAAUAGUUGGGACUUGGGACUGACGGGAACUGGUGUUCUCGGGUACCCGGGCACCCUAUAUGCGCAAAAAAGUUAUUAAUUCCAAAAAAAAUCCAAAUCUUGUUUGGAAUCAAAGAUGAUCAGGCAUUGUACUCGUAUAAAAAGUUUGGACAAGAAA